AUGGAUAGUUCAGUGAUAAACAUCGAUAAUAGAUCGAGCAGUUUACUUGCAAGCAGUUCAUUAUUAAACAACUGUGAAACACUUCGUAUUCAUCCAAUUUCAGAUAUAUUUGAUCCUACGAAAAAUUAUGUUGGCUUAAUUAGCUAUUUAAAUGGAGAUAUUUAUAUAAAACAAUCAGAUUGGAUUUCGAACAAUAUGGAACAACGGAGACAACGACGUGGUGGUCUAUAUCUUCAUGGUCGAUUAUAUUAUUUUAUCUACAGACGUUGGAGAGUGCGAAACACAGCAUUUAUUGGAGGUGGAUUUUCAUAUCUGGAUGGCGUGUGGAAAUUUAUCUCUAGAACAUUGAAUACAAUGAACAACGAUGAACGAUUAAAUAAAUUUGAACAAAAAGUCUUACAAGUGGUAAUUGAUACUCUAUAUAUCAAUCAUCGAUGGUUAGAAAUGCCUUGUGACCAUCGUAUCGAUUGUCAAAGUUUAGCUGUGAUGGAACGAGACAAAACGUACAUUUCCAAAGCUCAUCCUUCGAAUAUUAAUGUCAGCAGAAAACUUCAUGGUACGAUAAAAUGGUUGAAUCAUGAACGGUGUCGUCUUGGAUUUAUUGAAUGUAUUGGUCUUGAUAGAGAUUUUUAUAUCCAUUCUACAGGCAUACUAAAAUGUCGUUCAUUUUCGUGUUCUGGCAAACAUGUUGAAUUUAAUAUUAUACAAGAAGGUCAUAGCUGGAAAGCGAUAAAUAUAACCACCAUUUGGCCUUAG